AGCUCUAGAUGGAUCUGAGAAUUUUGAUCGCUGAAAGAUGUAACUGAAUUUUGAUCACCAAACGAUCUGACUGGCAGGUUUGACAUGGCCGAAGGUUUUAUCUGAUGAAGGCGGUUUUCACUUUUACGCUUUCUGGCUGGUGGAAAGUUUCUGUUCACCAGCUGGUUCGUUUCGCUAGGCAGUAGGCGAUUGGCUUCUGGGCCUGUUCGUGGUAACCGCGUACUCUUUCGCGUUCUUGCAGGCUUGCAGCAAGUGAGCCAAAUCCAUGGCUUCGGUCCAUUUCUCCCCACUUCUCCACGCCGCUGCCCCCUCAUCACCGGCCUCCACCUCUUCAUCACCGGCGCUCCUCGGGGCACGCUCUUCUCCUUCCCACGCCAAUGCGCGCCUCCACACCGUUGCGCACGCGGAGGAGCUCCGGUUGCACGCCGCGGCGCUGCAGGACUGCGCCGUCCGCCGCACGCUCCGCCGCGGACAGGAGCUCCAUGCGCGCCUGCUCCGCUCCGCUCUGCAUCCGGACACGUUUCUCCUUGACUCGCUACUCAACAUGUACUGCAAAUGCGGUCGCCUGGUGGAUGCACGAAGGGUGUUCGACGGAAUGCCACACCGGGACAUUGUCGCCUGGACCGCAAUGAUAUCCGCUCACACUGCCGCUGGAGAUUCCGAUCAGGCUCUUGAUAUGUUUGCCCGAAUGAACCAAGAAGGAAUUGCACCUAACGGUUUCACACUGGCUUCAGUGCUUAAGGCUUGCUCGGGGGGUUCACACUCAAAAUUCACACAUCAGGUGCACGGUCAGGUGGUUAAGUUGAACGGUUUGGAUGAUCCCUAUGUCGGUUCCUCUCUGGUUGAAGCUUACACGAGCUGUGGGGAGCUGGAUGCUGCCGAGACAGUGUUGUUGGGUUUGCCAGAACGAAGUGAUGUGUCAUGGAAUGCUCUGCUAAAUGGGUAUGCUCGCCAUGGUGACUACAGAAGGGUCAUGAUUAUUAUCGAGAAACUGGUGGCAUCAGGUGAUGAGAUAAGCAAGUACACUUUACCUACUGUUCUCAAGUGUUGCAUGGAACUCGGUCUUGCAAAAUAUGGUCAAUCUGUUCAUGCUUCGGUGAUCAAGAGAGGGCUGGAAACUGAUAAUGUACUGAACAGUUGCCUUGUUGAAAUGUACUCCAGGUGUCUGUCUGCUGAAGAGGCCUAUGAAGUCUUUAUCAGGAUAGAUGAACCUGAUGUGGUGCAUUGCAGUGCCAUGAUCUCUUGUUUUGAUCGACAUGAUAUGGCUUGGGAAGCAUUGGAUCUUUUCGUGAAGAUGUCCGGCAUGGGAGUCAAACCAAACCACUAUAUAUUUGUUGGCAUUGCUGGGGUUGCAUCAAGAACUGGUGAUGCAAACCUUUGUCGCAGCGUUCAUGCAUAUAUUGUGAAAAGUGGAUUUGCUAUGCUAAAAGGAGUAGGUGAUGCCAUUCUAAAUAUGUAUGUGAAAGUUGGUGCUGUUCAAGAUGCUACAGUCACUUUCGAUCUUAUUCAUGAGCCUGACACAUUUUCGUGGAACACAAUUCUCUCUGCAUUUUAUAGUGGAAGCAACUGUGAGCAAGGUUUGAGGAUUUUCAAGCAGAUGGCUUGUGAAGGCUUUUCAGCCAAUAAAUAUACAUAUGUAAGCGUUUUGAGAUGCUGCACUAGCUUGAUGAACCUGAGGUUUGGCACUCAGGUUCAUGCAUGUAUUCUGAAAAGUGGGUUGCAAAACGACACUGAUGUUUCGAGAAUGCUGGUUGACAUGUAUGCACAAUCCGGAUGCUUUACAAGUGCGUGCCUGGUAUUUGAACAGCUGAAAGAAAGAGAUGCUUUCUCAUGGACAGUGAUUAUGUCAGGAUAUGCUAAAACGGAGGAAGCUGAGAAGGUGGUCGAGUAUUUUCGUUCAAUGUUGCGAGAAAACAUAAGGCCUAGUGAUGCCACACUAGCGGUUUCUUUGAGUGUUUGCUCUGACAUGGCGUCCUUAGGCAGUGGGCUCCAGCUUCAUUCAUGGGCCAUCAAGUCUGGCUGGAACAGUUCAGUUGUUUCUGGUGCUCUAGUUGACAUGUAUGUGAAGUGUGGGAACAUAGCAGAUGCUGAGAUGCUAUUCCACGAGUCAGAAACACGUGAUCAAGUUGCAUGGAAUACAAUCAUCUGUGGUUAUUCUCAGCAUGGUCAUGGAUACAAGGCACUGGAUGCGUUCAAGCAGAUGGUUGAUGAGGGGAAAAGACCCGAUGGUAUCACAUUUGUAGGUGUUCUCUCAGCAUGCAGCCAUGCAGGAUUGCUCAAUGAGGGAAGGAAGUACUUUAAAUCGUUGAGUAGUAUCUAUGGAAUUACUCCUACGAUGGAGCACUAUGCUUGCAUGGUUGAUAUUCUGUCAAAGGCUGGAAGACUAGUUGAGGCUGAAUCUCUCAUCAAUCAGAUGCCAUUGGCCCCAGAUUCAUCCAUAUGGAGGACAAUUUUGGGAGCUUGCAGGAUACACAGAAACAUCGAGAUUGCUGAGAGAGCAGCAGAAAGAUUGUUUGAGUUAGAGCCACAUGAUGCAUCUUCUUCCAUAUUAUUAUCAAACAUUUAUGCAGAUUUAGGAAGGUGGAGUGAUGUUACUAGAGUUAGGAAUAUUCUACUAGAUCAUGGAGUAAAGAAGGAACCGGGGUGUAGCUGGAUUGAAAUCAAUGGACAGAUUCACAUGUUCCUGUCGCAAGAUGGAUGUCCAAAAUAUUAGAAUUUGUUGCCUUGUGUUCCCGCAAUCUGGAAUCCCACCAUGGACCACGCCCAUAUGGAAAUGAUGAGACCAGAAGCUGGUUUCAAGUAUAUGGCUAGUUCUGUAUGCUGAUAAAAAGUGCUAAGCAGGUGAAUACACUGAAAUAUGCCAUUGGAGAUACUUGGAGUUGCCUGAAGAGUUAGGUAGUUAUACAAGCUUCCAGUCAACUGGCAAAUCUCGAUUCUUAAUUUUAAUCGCAUGCUAUCUUGCAGUCUCAUAAGAGACAGAAUGUACAGAAAAUCCAUCAACCAAAUCAGUGCAAUUUUUAUUGACAUCA